AUGAUGAUGAGCAAGCCAGUGCCUGAGAAAGCAUCAGCUAGAGUACUCAAUAAUAUUGGUCUGGUUUAUGGCAACAAAGGCGAGUAUGGUCGUGCUUUGGACUAUUAUUCAAAAUGUCUCAAGAUUCAAGAAAAACGUUUGCCAUCUGAUCAUCCAGAUAUUGCUCGUAGUCUAGGUAAUAUUGGCAGUGUUUAUACCAGCAAAGGCGAGUAUGAUCGUGCUUUGGACUAUUAUUCAGAAUGUCUCAAGAUUCAAGAAAAAUGUUUGCCAUCUGAUCAUCCAGAUAUUGCUAGUAGUCUCUUUGGUAUCGGCAAUAUUUAUAACAGCAAAGGCGAGUAUGAUCGUGCUCUGAACUAUUAUUCAAAAUGUCUCAAGAUUCAAGAAAAAUGUUUGCCAUCUGAUCAUCCAGAUAUUGCUCGUAGUCUAGGUAAUAUUGGCAGUGUUUAUACCAGCAAAGGCGAGUAUGAUCGUGCUUUGGACUAUUAUUCAGAAUGUCUCAAGAUUGAAGAAAAAUGUUUGCCAUCUGAUCAUCCAGAUAUUGCCAUUAGUCUCAAAAAUAUUGGCAGUGUUUAUACCAGCAAAGGCGAGUAUGAUCGUGCGGUAGAGUGUUUUGAAAGAUGCUUGAAGAUUCGUAAAACGCUGCUCCCAUCAGGUCAUCCUGAGCGUGUCAGUGUUGAGAAGAAGCUCUCCGAAGUGAAGAAGUUCGUAUAA